AUGCUUGAUGAGAGCGCGACGACGGUGGACCCCAAGGGUCUGGCGCGCGUUCUGCUUGGUGUCUCCAUCUUUUUUCUGAUUCCUACAGCGAUAAUUGUUGUUCUGCGAUGUUUUGUUCGAUUAAAGUAUCGUCUCUUUGGUAUCGAUGAUGGUCUCAUGCUUAUCGGAUGGAUACUUCACGUUGCAUUCACUGCUGUUGGUAUUCGUGCCAUUUAUGGAGGCCUGGGAACAAAAGAUGAAGACCUGAACGCAUACCUGCAAGUCGAUGGUCGAAAGUGGAUGUGGAUUGGCCAAGUACUCUAUAGCUUCUCGUUGACGCCUCUUAAAUCGUCAAUCUGCGUCACCCUUCUACGAAUUGCUGUCACUAAAACUCAUCGAAUCAUUGUCUGGGCAACUCUCAUAUUCACCAUAGUCACCAUGCUCUACAACACCAUCGGCACCUUUUUCGCAUGUAUGCCACUCUCCUCCAAUUGGGACAAUCGCGGAAACUGCUCUUUGCCAUUCAUAAUGAGCCUGGGUUAUGUCGUGUCAAUCAGUGCGGUUAUCUCAGAUUGGAUUUGUGCUAUUCUGCCUAUUUUCAUGUUAUACAAGUCCCACAUGAGAAAGGCCACCAAGAUCUCUGUCAGUAUUAUCCUUGGACUGGCUGCACUGGCUUCGCUGUGUACUCUUAUUCGCCUGCCCUACUUGAAAGCGUUUUCGCAUCCUCAAAAUUAUUUAUGUUGGUUCGCCACGAAAGCGGUUUCUGUUGCCAUACUAACAAAAGCAGAUCACGUUGCAAACAUCGUCCUCUGGUCCACUCUUGAAUCAGGAAUUGGAAUAAUCGCUGGAUCAUUACCGUCACUACGAAAACUCGUCAGCUCUCGUUUCCAUUUCGACUCCUCGACGGGUAGCUCUCCGACUCACAUCACACCAUUUUCUGGAACCAGCAGAGCUGUUAUCACAUCGCAAUCAGUAUCAGCAGCACGCCGGACCCAUAGAGGCGAAGUUGGCGAUAAUUGGGAGCAGCUUGAUGAUGUUGAGGGUACAUCCAGUCAGAAGAUUUAUGUCAAGGUGGAUUUAGAGAUGCAGUCUUUGGAGAGACCAGAAACAUCGAGGGAGUCACAUGGGUCUCGUGAAGAUUUGCUAGACUUCGAAUGGGACAACAGUACAGAGAGAUUUGCCCGGCCUUGCGCCGAUCUCAAUGAAUUUCAGUUGUCGCUAGUCGCCUUGUCAGUGAGUACGACUGUCUCAACAUCUUAUCACAUUAACCCAACCAGCACCAUGCUUUCAUUCUUGAGAUCUUCCGGGCCAGCGCGCACUCAAAAUGCCCAAAACAACCCAAUCUUAUACGAAGGCGGCAAGUCUUCUGUCACCUUCUCGGGACCGGGCUCAAAAUACAUCAUGACCCAUCGGAUCCCACCAACAGACGAAGAAAAUGGUGUUUCCAUCAUCGCUCCGCCAUUUCAUUAUCACAUCUACCAAGAUGAAUUCUUCCGGGUCCAGUCCGGCAAGGGUAACUUCUAUCGCGGCCUUGAUCCAAAGCCCUUUGCCGUCCUGUCCGACGACCCAGAUGGUCAAGCUACCGCCUCCGUAAAGGCCGGCUACUUUCACCGCUUCGAAAAUGCAACCCACGACCGAGAUCUUGUCGUGGAUAUUCAUCUGACGCCGGAGUCAUAUGAGAAUGAACAGCAAUUCUUUAGGAACUUCUUCGGGUACUUGGAUGACUGUAAAGCUGCGGGUAGUGCACCUAGCAUUUUUCAGCUCCUUGUAUUUCUCCACAGCGCGGAUACUCCGUUGGUCAUUCCAAUUCCCUGGGAAUUCUUGGGUCGGGUGGUCAGUCGAAUCUUGCUCACGACUGCUGCUUAUUGGGGGAGAUUUGUGCUGGGCUACAAGCAGACGUAUCCGGAAUAUUAUGAUGCAAAGAAGUCGAUAUAA